AAGGCGACCCCUAGCGGCAGCCUAGGGAAGCCCCUAGUGGGAAUGAGGCCCCGCGGGGUGUCUGGACUUCCGCAUCGCAUCCGGGUCUCAAGAGACUGGCGGGGCGGGGCGGGGCGGGGCGAGGGGGCCUCGGCGUCGGCGUCUGCGUCGGCGUCUUCCGGCCGCGCCUCGAAUCCCGUCAGGCGCGGGAAGGGCGCAGAGCCUCGUGGGCUUCGAGGGGCUCUGCGAGCUCUGCAGUUGAGGCCUUGGUCUGAGGCAGGAGUCCUGAGGUCACAGAGCAGAGGAGGCGCGGUUCAGGCGACGUGCUUGCCAGUCGGUUGUCCAGGCGAGGGUCUGGCGACCAUCAUGCCCCUGCGUCAGACGAGUGAGCUCUGCAAGGUCGAGGAGGAGCCCAGACAGGCCCCGCUGCCAUGGGAUGUACCGCUGUGGGAGGCGGAGGACGAGGAGGUGGAGAUGGUCUUGGAGGUGGAGGUGGUGGAGGUGGAGGAGGUGGAUGUUGUGGAAGCGGAGCAGGUGCAUGCCGAAGAGGAAGAGGAGGUGGAUGUGGCGGAGGACGUGGAGCACGUAGAGGUGGAGGAGGUGGAGGAGGUGGAGGAGGUGGAGGAGGAGGGCGACGCACAGUCUGCCCGAGAGUCAGAGGAGUGA